UCAUCCGUAAAGUGCCACACAGUCGUAUUCUCACAGACACAGUAAUGUAAUGUUUUAGUCUUUUAUAGUUUGGAGAUGUUUCAGUGUGCUUCCAAUGUCAACUGCAUGGAGAAUACAGGAGACGAGGAGGACAUGACCGUGGUCAUCUAUAAAACUACAGAUUUUAAAAGCUAUGACACAUUGAUGGAGAAAACGGAUACAAAGAAUAAACUACAAAUUCAACGCUCAGGAGGAGACACUGCAUGGAGCAAGUGCUACGGACUGACCACUGUGUGUGUGGUGCUGCUGUGUGUUUUCCUGCUGACUGCUGUCACAGUGAUGUGGAUUAAAUACAGCAACUUAAAAACAGAAUACAGCCAGGUACAGACCAGUUACAACAACGUGACUAUGGAGAGAGACCAGUUACUUGUGGAGAGAUAUGGAUGCCUGAGGACAUUUGGUGGUUCAUUUGGUGGUGUGUACAAAGGGAGGUGUUUCAGCUUCAACUCCAGUAUUUAUUUUGUGUCUAAUGAGUUAAAGAACUGGACUGAGAGCAGACAGAACUGCAGAGACAAAGGAGCAGACCUGGUGAUCAUAAACAGCAAAGAGGAACAAGAGUUCAUGGUUAAACAGCUGGGCAGCUUUCUGGUUUGGAUUGGUCUGAGUAAAAGUGAUACACAGGGAGAGUGGAAAUGGGUGGAUGGAACACCACUGACCACUGCUUUCAGGUUCUGGAAAAAAGGGGAACCGAAUGAUUUAAAUAGUAAUGAGGACUGUGUUGAGUUUUAUGGUGAACCAAAUAAGAUCGCCUGGAAUGACAACAGAUGCUCUCGUAAACUACACUGGAUCUAUAUGAGCAUAGCUGCUCCGCUACUGAGGUUUCUCAGCGUGUGCAUCAUUGAGGAGAGCAAACCUAUUGGACACGUACAGAAGAGGUGUGCUCCGGUGGGCUAGCCUUAGCGUUAGCUUUGGCUGAACGAGUAUGCCGCCGAGUCGUCACCCACUCAUCCCGCUGUGAGGGCCACAAUGCCGGAGUCGGGGGCUGGUUAUCUGCGGCACCCAGACUGUCCGCUACGGGAAUAACACUGCUCUCGCGCUCUCAAACCCUCUCUAAAGUCUGGACGCGCUCCUCUAUUGCUGAUAUUUUCUUCGUCAGAGUGCUCACUAACACACCUAUCACAAGUAAAAUUACCAC